GGUGACACAGGACACAUCGUCUCUGCAGAGGUACAGGGGGACACACAAGGCUGAACUUUCACUCGACUUUGCAGAACUUUAAUCCGGAGUCCCAGAGUGGACUAAAAGUUAGGAAUCGCAUGUGACUUUCCAUAGCAGAACAUCGGAUCCUACUGGUGUCCAUUGAUUUGUGCCUAGGGGAUUGCUAUUUGCUGUGCUUCAGCCAUGCAGGGUGUUCCAAGAGCCACCCUUUGCCAAGUCCUGUUGCUCCUGCCAGCCCUGUGCCUACUUGCCUCUGCACAGCUCCAUGGAGAGAAGGGGAUUUCGGUUCCUGAGCAUGGAUUCUGCCAGCCCAUCUCCAUCCCGCUCUGUACGGACAUCGCCUACAACCAGACAAUCAUGCCCAAUCUUUUGGGUCACACCAACCAAGAGGAUGCCGGCUUGGAGGUCCAUCAGUUUUACCCCUUGGUGAAGGUCCAGUGUUCCUCUGAGCUUCGCUUCUUUCUGUGCUCCAUGUACGCCCCGGUUUGCACGGUUCUGGAGCAGGCCAUCCCUCCCUGCCGAUCAAUCUGCGAACGUGCAAGACACGGCUGCGAAGCCCUCAUGAACAAAUUUGGCUUCCAAUGGCCAGAAAGGCUACGAUGUGAAAACUUUCCCCGCCAUGGCGCUGAGCAAAUCUGUGUUGGGCAGAACCACUCAGAAGAUGGCGGGCCAACCUUGCUAACAACUAGCCCACCUCUGCAUGGCACCCUAGGGCCAGCCAUCUAUGCCACACCUGAUCAUCCUUUUCACUGCCCACGGGUGCUGAAGGUUCCAUCCUACCUGAACUACAGGUUCUUGGGAGAAAAGGACUGUGCCGCUCCAUGCGAACCUACAAGAAAUGAUGGGUUCAUGUUCUUCAGUCAAGAUGAGAUCCGUUUUGCCCGUGUCUGGAUUCUCAUCUGGUCUGUACUGUGCUGUGCUUCAACUUUCUUUACGGUGACCACCUACUUAGUAGACAUGCAAAGGUUCCGCUAUCCUGAAAGGCCCAUCAUAUUCCUGUCUGGAUGCUAUACUAUGGUGUCUGUGGCCUACAUUGCCGGUUUUGUGCUGGGGGAUAAAGUGGUUUGCAAUGAAGGCUUCUCGGAGGAUGGCUAUAAAACUGUUGUACAAGGAACCAAGAAAGAAGGGUGCACCAUCCUCUUCAUGAUGCUUUACUUCUUCAGCAUGGCUAGCUCCAUCUGGUGGGUCAUCUUGUCUUUAACCUGGUUCCUGGCAGCUGGCAUGAAGUGGGGGCAUGAAGCAAUCGAAGCUAACUCUCAGUACUUUCACCUGGCAGCCUGGGCAGUGCCUGCUGUGAAGACCAUUACCAUUCUGGCCAUGGGGCAGAUCGAUGGAGACCUACUCAGUGGAGUAUGCUUUGUAGGACUUAAUAGCAUUGAUCCAUUGAGGGGCUUUGUGCUGGCGCCUCUCUUUGUCUACCUCUUCAUCGGAACCUCAUUUCUUCUUGCUGGGUUUGUGUCCCUCUUUCGCAUCCGGACCAUCAUGAAGCACGAUGGCACCAAAACGGAGAAGCUGGAGCGGCUGAUGGUACGAAUCGGAGUCUUCAGUGUCCUGUACACUGUGCCUGCCACAAUCGUCAUUGCCUGUUACUUCUACGAACAGGCCUUCAGAGAACACUGGGAACGUAGCUGGGUGAGUCAAAACUGCAAAAGCCUAGCUAUCCCUUGCCCACUACAGUACACCCCACGCAUGACCCCAGACUUUACUGUCUACAUGAUCAAGUAUCUCAUGACCCUUAUAGUCGGCAUCACUUCUGGAUUCUGGAUCUGGUCAGGCAAAACUCUUCACUCCUGGAGGAAAUUUUACACCAGGCUGACCAACAGCAAACACGGAGAGACAACCGUUUGAGAACUCAUGGUGGCACCCAUAACCACCUAGACUGUACCUUCUCGAGACUUUCCACUUUCCUGUCACUUGUUGAUAUCUGUGUAAAUCGAAGUACGAUACCUUCAGGCACAUCUCUCUGGAGUUGUAAUUAAGACUGUACAUAGGAUUUUUGUAAAUUAUAUAUUUCUAUUUAAAUAUGAGGGUUAAGGAACUGGAGGAACGGAAAAUGUACAUGGGCAAAAAUAAAAAAAGACCCCUUUCUACUUCAGUUGUUUGCUGACUAUAUCUGAUGGAUAAUUGGAGUUCUUUAGAAUACAGUCCGUCUUUGGCUCUUUCUGGAAACCAUAUUUACAGUAUUUUUUAUUCCUAAUUUUUAUUUGUCCUCCCGAUGAACAGUGGAAUUUGGAAUUUGUACAAGCGUCCCUUAUAUAAUAUUAGCCAACACAAACUUUGCAGAAUCCGUGAGGGUAAUUUGGAAUCUUGGCAUCUUAUGACAGGUGGUUCCGCUGCUGCUAUGGUGUCUGUCAGAAUGGUACAAUUGGAUUUUAUUUUUUGGGGUUGGGGGGGGGUUGGGUUUUAUUUUGUGCUUGAUUUUAUAAGUUCCCUUUUUUUUAUUUGUAAUGCAUGAUUUGAAAAGGACAGAUGCAUAUAAUCACUUCUAGAUGACAGGAGGAGUUGGCUGGACACCAGAAAUGACAUUCUUGUACAAGGGAACGUGGUACAGAUUUGACACUUGUCAAAAAAACAACAACUUUUCAUGUGUGGGAUGAGAGAGGGAAGGGACACGUAACCCCUUAUGCGCUGAAGAUAACCCGAAAGACGUUAAAAAACCAAUCAGGGGCCUUCAGUACACUGUCUAGCCCUUGAUCCGAAUUAUGUAUUGAUCUGUUUUUAAAUAUAUGUUGAUUUUUUUUUUCUUAAUUUUGAAAUUAAAAAAAUUAAAAAAAAUAUUUUUGUUACG